AGGGCAUUGAGGGAGUUGGGCUGCGCUCAGCCGAAACGCUCGUCUAGCUUUUGAGUUUCUCAUCUGAAUUAUGAGAAAAUUGUUUUUAUCUCAAAAUAUCGUUACAAAAGAAAGCCCCACCGCUCAGAGGGUUAGCUGACAAGAAGGGGGGUUGCGUCGCUGCGAGUCUCAGAACUCCUGGGAGCCCCAAAGCCAGUGCUGGCACCAGCGCCCCAAGAGCGCGCGAUUCCUCCCCCGAAAGCCUGAGUGAAGGAGGACUUGAGCUGUGGCGCGUCGGAGAGCUUCCAGUGCAUUUGCCCCUUGACAUGCAGACUCAGGACGUGCCCGGAGGUCGGAGCAUGGGAACCUCGAAACCACGGAUCUUGCCCUGGCUGGUGUCCCAGCUGGACCUGGGGCAGCUGAAAGGCGUGGCCUGGCUGGACGAGAGCCGAACGAGGUUCCGGAUCCCGUGGAAGCAUGGCCUGCGACAGGAUGCACAGAUGGCUGAUUUUGGCAUCUUCCAGGCCUGGGCCGAAGCCAGUGGUGCCUACACCCCAGGAAAGGAUAAGCCAGACCUGUCAACCUGGAAGAGGAAUUUCCGGUCAGCCCUGAACCGAAAAGAAGUGUUGCGAUUAGCCGAUGACCGAAGCAAGGACCCUUUUGACCCUCAUAAAGUGUAUGAGUUUGUGACUCCAGGAGCAAGGGACUUUGUACAUCUGGACACCUCUCCUGACACCAAUGGCAAAAACAGUCCGUCUGACCCCCAGGAAGACCUCCUGGAAUUACUAGAUGACAUGGUCUUGGGAUCCCUCCCAGAUGAGGGGUCCUCAGUUCUGGCUAUUGCUCCUGAUCACUCUCAGCUAUUGCCAAGUCCCAGUUUGGACAGCUUCCCAAAACCAGCACCCCAGGAAAAUCCACUGAGGCAGCUGCUAGCCGAGGAACAGUGGGAGUUCGAGGUGACUGCUUUCUACCGGGGCCGCCAGGUCUUCCAGCAGACGCUCUUUUGCCCAGGGGGCCUGCGGCUGGUGGGCGCCGCAACUGACAACGGGACACUGCCCUGGCAGCCAGUCACCCUGCCAGACCCUGAGGGGCUUCUGACAGACAAGCUCGCGAGGGAGUACGUGAGGCACGUACUCAAGGGGCUGGGCGAGGGGCUGGCACUGUGGCGGGCAGGGCAGUGUCUCUGGGCCCAGCGCCUGGGCCAUGCCCAUUCCUUCUGGGCUCUGGGUGAGGAGCUGCUUCCAGACGUCGGGAGAGGGCCACAUGGAGAGGUCCCCAAGGACAAGGAUGGAGGCGUGUUCGACCUCAGGCCCUUUGUGGCAGAUCUGAUCGCCUUCAUGGAAGGAAGCGGACAGUCCCCACGCUACACUCUAUGGUUUUGUGUGGGGGAGUCGUGGCCCCAGGACCAGCCGUGGGUCAAGAGGCUUGUGAUGGUCAAGGUUGUUCCUACAUGUCUCAAGGAGCUGUUAGAGAUGGCCCGGGAAGGGGGAGCCUCUUCGCUGAAAACCGUGGACUUGCACAUCUCCAACAGCCAGCCUAUCUCCCUCACCUCCGACCAGUACAAGGCCUACCUCCAGGACUUGGUGGAGGACAUGGACUUCCAAGCCGGCGGGGACACCUGAGCUCUGCUCAGCUGCCACCAAUAAAGCAGUUUACGCUACCGUCA